CUGGACGUUGGAUGUAACCGUUCACCAUCGUCAACAUGAAGGUCUUGGUGUUAUGUGCUCUGGCGGUUGUCACCGCCGCUAGCUCGGGUUUCCAGAGUGACAGCCCCCCUGUUUCAGAAGUGAAUGUCGCACAAAAGCAGCACGACGUCAACUUUCUUCUGUUCAAGGUGUAUGAGGUCCUUCGUGAUGAGCACUUAAAGCAUCUCGCUGAAACAUUCGAUCCUGAGGCUUCCUCAUCUCAUUACACUGAUGAUGGACACGCAGCUCAUGCACUUAUGAAAGAGCUCAAAGAUGGCCGGCUUUUGGAGCAGAAACACUGGUUCUCACUCUUCAACACUCGGCAGAGGGAAGAAGCUCUUUUACUUUACGAGGUUCUGGAACACUCGGCAGACUGGAACACCUUCGCCGGCAAUGCCGCUUAUUUCAGAAACCACAUGAAUGAAGGAGAAUUUGUUUACGCCCUGUACACGGCUGUCAUCCACUCUCAUCUGACUGAGCAUGUUGUGCUUCCCCCACUUUAUGAAGUCACCCCACAUUUGUUCACAAACAGUGAAGUAAUCGAACAAGCCUAUCAUGCGAAGAUGACCCAAACACGCAGUAAAUUCAGGUCAGACUUUACAGGAAGCAAAAGGAACCCAGAGCAACACGUGGCUUACUUCGGUGAAGACAUUGGCAUGAACACACACCACGUUACUUGGCACAUGGAAUUCCCAUUCUGGUGGCAAGAUUCAGUAGAGGGCCAUCAUCUAGACCGUAAGGGUGAAAAUUUCUUCUGGGUUCAUCACCAACUUACCGUUCGCUUCGACGCCGAGCGUCUGUCCAACCACUUGCCUCCUGUGGAGGAACUUCACUGGAAAAAAACCAUUAAAGAAGGCUUUGCUCCUCAUGCAUCCUACAAGUACGGUGGCGCCUUCCCUUCUCGCCCCGAUAACACUGACUUCGAUGAUGUGGACGGUGUUGCACAUGUUCGAGAUAUGGUCAUUAUUGAAAGUCGAAUUCGUGAUGCUAUUGCUCAUGGUUUCAUCACUGCUAGAGAUGGAUCCAUUAUCGACAUCAGGGACAAAGAUGGUAUUGAUAUCCUAGGUGAUGUCAUUGAGUCUUCCAUGUACAGUCCUAACAGCGAGUACUAUGGCGCUCUCCACAAUACAGCCCACGUGAUGCUUGGGCGACAGGGAGAUCCUCAUGGUAAAUAUGACCUUCCUCCCGGAGUGCUGGAGCACUUUGAGACUGCCACUCGUGAUCCAGCUUUCUUCAGACUACACAAAUAUAUGGAUAAUAUCUUCAGGGAACAUAAAGACUCUCUUACUCCCUACACUAAGGAGGAACUCCAGUUCCCUGGUGUGAAGAUUGAUAAUCUUGCCACCAGUGGGCUCCUGGAAACUUACUUUGAAGAUUUCGAAUACAGUCUCCUUAAUGCUGUUGACGACACUGUUGAGAUUGACGAUGUAGAAAUUUCUACUAUUGUUCCUCGUUUGAAUCACCACGACUUCACAUUCAACAUCGAUGUAAUCAACGAACAUGAAGAAGAUGUCCUGGCCACUGUUCGCAUCUUCGCAUGGCCAGUCAAGGAUAGCAAUGGGGUCGAAUUUUCAUUCACCGACGGCCGUUGGAAUGCCAUCGAAAUGGACAAGUUCUGGGUAAAACUUCAUCCUCGCGAGAACCACAUCGUCCGCAGAUCUCGUGACUCGUCAGUGACUGUUCAUGAUGUACCCAGUUUCCAAUACUUGAUGGACAGGACUGAGGAUGCUCUCACCGACCACACCGAGCUCGACCUUCACGACUUUGAGAGUGCACUUGGGCUGCCCAACAGAUUCUUGCUUCCCAAGGGUAAUUCAAAAGGUCUCGAGUUUACCCUGGUGGCGAUUCUGACCAACGGCGAGGCCGACGCUGCUGUAGAAAACCUACAUACAAACACCAAAUUCAACCACUAUGGUUACCGAGGAGUGUAUCCCGACAACCAACCACAUGGUUACCCACUGGAUCGUCGUGUUGACGAUGAACGCAUCUUCACUCGCCUUCCCAACUUCAAACAAGUGAACGUCAAGGUCUUUAACCGUAGCUAACCAUCUUUACCAGAACGUAAUGUUAAAUCAUUAAAUUGUUUUAUUCAACGAACAAUGAGAAAUUUUAGGUGAUUACCAAAUGUACGAGAUGCUCUUACAAUAUGACGUCUUUUAUGCCAAAUAAUUAAAGUCUUAACAUCUGAA